AUGCGGGAUUUUUCGUUAUGCCUUCGAAGCACUGUAGAUCGCUGUGAGGCCAUGAGAGCUGGACGACGUGGCCAUCUCAGGGUUGAGGAUUUAUCCGCGAACUCUCCACAAUCAAAUCCUGGAAGGGAUUCAUGGCGAUUCAAAGUUCGUGUUCUUCGUUUAUGGAGUGUGUCCGCGUUUUUGAGACCAGAUCAAGUGAAUUCGCUUGAGAUGGUGUUAAUUGAUGAAAAGGGGGCCAAGAUUCAUGCAUCCAUUCGUCGUCAGUUGUUGUAUCUGUUUAAUGGCAAAAUUGUUGAGGGUAGUGUUUAUAAGAUGUCAUUUUUCGUUGUUUACCCAGAGUCUGGUUUGUAUCGGACAACUUCUCAUAGAUACAAGCUUAGCUUUGAGAUGAAAACAAAAGUUCAGAUCUGUGAAAGUGGUGUGAUAGAUCGAUAUGGAUUAUCUCUUACUUCUAUUGGAGACAUUUGUGCUUAUGGACCUGAUCAUGAUUUUUUAGUUGAUGUUGUUGCUUUAAUUACUGGUAUUUCACCUGAGAAGGAAUAUGUUCGUGAUGGAAAGGUCACUAAGAUGGUGGUGAUUGAGUUGUCUGAUAAUAGUGGAAAGUGUGAGUGUGCUUUGUUUGGUGGUUAUGUGCAAGAGCUUCAAGAGAUGCUUGCAAAAUGUGCUGAUGGAUUGCCAAUUGUUGUUGUUCAAUUUGCCAAGAUAAAGAUGUUUGGAGGGAAAGUGUCAAUUCAAAAUGUAUUGAAUGCUACUAGGAUUUAUGUUAAUCCCCCAAUACCAGAGGUUGUUUCUUUCAAACAAGUUAUGCCUCUUGAAGGUGUUGAAUCUUGUGUUUCCAUACCUGCUAUUGGGGAACGUGUGAAGCCAUCUUUUGAAGAAGAUUUUUUGUUAAAUUAUCCAAAGACUUCCAUAGCUCAUUUACUUGAAUUGGCCGAAGAUGGUAUCUAUGUUGUGAGUGGUGUUGUUGGUGGUUUGCUUGAAGGUGAAGAUUGGUGGUAUGCAUCCUGUAAGUGCCACAAGGGACUUUCUGCUGAUUCAGGGGCUUAUUAUUGCAAAAAAUGUGAUAAACAUGUUUUCAAAAUGGUUCCAAGGUUUAGGGUUAAGCUUGUGGUUAAUGAUGGAACUGCUGAAGGAGUGUUUGUUGUUUUUGAUGGUGAUAUGAGUUCAUUGGUUGGAAAAUGUUGCCCUGAUUUGGUUGCUGCAGCUAAGGCUAGAAAUCGUGAUUAUUGUCCUCCUGAAUUAGACUUGCUGAAAGGGAAGAGGUUGCUGUUCAAGGUUGAGAAAGUUUCCUAUGGAGUUCCAAGGUUUGAUGGUUCAUUUAGAGUUAAGAGAAUAUGCAGUAAUUUGUCUAUUGUGAAGGCCUUUGAUGCAUCUAUGGCUGAAGAUGAUUCUGGUGAACAUGGUUAUGAUUUGGAAGUAGAUUAUGUUGAUAAUACCCCUGUGGAGGAUGUUGUGGGAAAUCUCAUUGUUUCCCCAACUGAUGUUAAAGUUAAACAUGGAAUUGAUCUUUCAACUGCUCAAUUGGUGCCUGAGAUCAUAAAUUUGGAUGAUAAUUCUGAUAAUGGAUUUGAAGUUUUCCUGGGUGAACGUGUUGGUGUGGAUGUGAGCAAGGUUUUGGCUGCUAAGAGAAAUUUGUCUGAUGCUUUUGCUGGAUGUGAUGAUGAUGAAGCCAGUUCUUCUAAGCGUAUCAAAUACUCUCCUCAAUGAAGAAUAUGUUGAUUGGUUUAAUUUGUUGGGUUUGUGGUUUAAAAGUUUGUUUGUUUAGUUUAUUUCCAAGAAAAUGUUGCCUAUAUAGAGGCAAUAAUCUUAUCUUUCUGUUUAGUAUUGUUGUCUUUUUAUUGAUUCCUGCUGUUGU